ACGCAUGCCCGGCUGGGUCAAAAAGCCAUAAGGAAAUGCGUGUACUUCUCAAAGCGAUAUUAACGGGACCUGAAGAAGAAGCCAUUCAUUGAUUUGGACGGAAUUUCCAAAUGUAGGAACUUCAGGCUUGUCGUCUGUAAACUCAGCCCGUGAUGUCAGCUAACAUGUGCACAAGGCUCCUGUGCCAUGUAGGAAGUAGUCGUCUGUCCACCUCUUUCACACCUGGCUUGUACGCUCUUUCUGCUUCAUCCUUCAGUCUUAACGUCUUACACUCCCGGGCCUGCUCCUCUCGUGGUAGGAGAUCAGAUGGUGACUCCAACCAAGUCAGAGUACAAGGACUCUCUUCUCCUGUGCAUAAACUGGAAUUUCAGUUGGGCAGACUGCAGAUUGAUGGACUACUGCGUGCUAAUGAGCAGUCGGUCCGUAUUCCAGAGUUUGACAGACGUGGUGGUCCCAGCCCUGUGCUGAAGUUUGAGAGUAAUCAGUUUGCUGCCAAUUCUCCUCUGGAGGACAGACGCAGCACGGCCACAUGCUUGCAAACCCGGGGGAUGCUCUUUGGUGUUUAUGACGGUCACGGUGGACAUGCAUGUGCUCAGGUCGUCAGCGAGAGGCUGCCGUAUUACGUGGCUGUAGCGAUGAUGUCAGAGUCUGGUCUGGAGGACCUGGAGGCUGCCAUGGAGACCCUACGACCUGUGCCCCCAAUUCUGCAGUGGUACAAGCACCACAAUGACUACAAUUACCGUGAAUCUGCUGCUCUAUAUAUUAACCACCUGCGAGUUUACUGGCAGGAGCUGUUAGCGAGUGAAGAACAUGGUGAUGGAAUGAGCCCUGAUGAGGCUCUUAGCUACGCUUUCCAGCGUUUGGACUCUGACCUCUCCCUGGAGGCACAGGUCCCGCAGGCGAGUGAUCUUAUGCGUACCACAGCUGUUCAGGCUGCUUUUGCUGGCUGCACAGCCUGUGUUGCUCAUGUGGGGAGUGAGGGCAUAUUUGUGGCCAAUGCUGGAGAUUGCCGUGCUGUGCUGGGAGUGCAGGAGAAUGAUGGAAGCUGGAGUGCUCUGCCUCUUUCCUUGGACCACAAUGCUGCCAACACAGCUGAACUAGAGCGGGUACGUUCACAGCAUCCAGCGAGUGAGAACCAGACGGUCAUUGUAGAUGAGAGGCUGCUGGGGGUGCUCAUGCCUCUGCGUGGUUUUGGGGACGUUCGCUUCAAGUGGAGUCGAGAGCUCCAGCAGAGCGUGCUGGAGAACGGAGGCUGUGAUUUGGAGGCCCUGAACAUCUAUCAAUACGCUCCACCCAACUAUCUCACUCCACCUUACCUAGAGGCCACACCAGAGGUUACCUAUCACCGCCUGCGUCCACAAGAUCGUUUCCUGAUCCUAGCAUCAGAUGGUUUGUGGGAUGAACUGGACAGCGAGGAGGCGGUCAGGCUGGUGGCAGAGCACUUGACGGGUGUCCACUUGCAGGCCCCAGUCUCUGCUAGCCAACGACAACUCAGUCUGGGACAGAUGCACCAGCUGUUGCUGCGGAGGCAGGCCCGAGCAACACCGGCCAUUGACUUGAAUGCAGCCACUCACCUGAUUCGUCAUGCGCUCGGUACCAACGAGUACGGAGAGAUGGAUCAGGAAAGGCUUUCUGUCAUGCUCGCAUUGCCAGACGACCUGGCACGCAUGUAUCGAGACGAUAUUACAGUCACUGUAGUUUAUUUUAACUCCAGUCUAAACAAAUCAUCUCGUAAUAAUUAGUGCAGUUAGAAUAAUCCUGACUGUCUAGCUUCUCUGCCUCCAUAUGUUUUCUAGUAGUUUAUUGAUGUACUGUAUUCUGUAUUUUGUCUUUUAUCAGAGUAUAGUUUAAUGUUUAACUGUGAGCAUUAAGGUUGCUGUUGUAUUACAAAUAUCAGCCUAUCAUAUGUUUUCUGUGUAUAAUUGAGGCCAUUAUUGCUCCUUCUUAAACACAUUCCUUAUGCAAACUCAAAUGGAUUAAAAAGGUACUGGAUUCGUUUGCCUACAAAAAGAUUAUUUUAUUGUGGUGCACAGCUAGUAGUCUAAUGCUUUGUUUAAUUCGUUUUAGUGAUGAGAUAUUUUUUAAAAAACAUUUCCUAAAGCUAGAUGUUAUAUUUCCUUGUGUAUGUUUAAUUUGUGAGUGUCCGUUUACAUGGUCCGAAUAAUUUUAAAGUGGGCCUCCUUAACGUGUUUUUAAUCCAGCAACCUGAACCUGUUUACUUCACUGGACCUUUCCUAAGACGUGGUUUUCACUUUGCACUUUAGUGGAAGUUUACUAUGUGAUACUGUAUCCAAUGACAUUGGUUUAACAAAAUGCUCAUCAUCUGUUGCUAAUUUAAUAGUGUUCGUAGUUCUUAUCAGCUUUAGUGGUACAGGUCAUGAUUUAUGCUGUGAAGUUCACAUUUCCUUGUAUUUUCUAUUAGUUUAAAGUCUUUUUCCUGUUAUUUAUGAUUUUACAAGGAAAUGACUUUUUUUUUAAAUAAAUAAUUCAUGUAAUGUAAUACAUAUAACACAGAAUGAGAAUAAUCUAUAUAUUUUAAUGAAGUAAUUUGUUAUGAUAUUGUUUCUAAACUAGAGAUGUGAACAGUUAAUGUUAUGGUAUCAUUUCUCUGUUCAGUCUGUCAACAUUUAACUAGUUUGAACUCUUUUGACUUAUUCAUGCAAAAUUUGCCUUUCUGUGUAUUAAAGAUUUUUUUCCAACAUCC